CGAGCGGGCUGAACAUGGCGGAGGCUCCGGUGGAGGAGAGCGUGAGCCCGAUGCUGUUACCAGGCAGCACCGGCUCGGUAGCAACCGGCCUCCUCAGCCAGCUCCACGCUACCUCGUGGGACCCGACCCUCAGCACCGACUGGGACAGUGAGAAGCCCUCUCAGCCCUGCCUGCUGCGGAUCAAAAGGGAUAUCAUGUCUAUUUACAAAGAGCCACCACCAGGGAUGUUUGUGGUACCAGAUCCACAAGAUAUGACUAAGAUCCAUGCACUAAUCACAGGACCUUUCGAUACACCUUAUGAAGGAGGCUUUUUCCUCUUUCUCUUUCGCUGCCCUCCUGAUUAUCCCAUCCACCCACCAAGAGUCAAGCUCAUGACAACUGGAAAUAACACUGUGCGCUUUAACCCAAACUUUUACAGAAAUGGCAAAGUGUGCCUCAGCAUACUUGGCACCUGGACAGGUCCUGCUUGGAGUCCAGCCCAGAGCAUCUCUUCAGUACUCAUAUCCAUUCAGUCCCUUAUGACUGAGAAUCCGUAUCACAAUGAGCCAGGUUUUGAGCAGGAGAGACAUCCAGGAGACAGUAAAAACUAUAACGAAUGCAUACGGCACGAAUCUAUCAGGGUAGCUGUUUGUGAUAUGUUAGAUGGCAAGUGUCCCUGCCCAGAUGCACUAAGAAGUGUGAUGGAGAAAUCUUUCAUGGAGUUCUACGAUUUCUAUGAACUGUCUUGUAAGGAUCGACUUCACCUGCAGGGACAAACUAUGCAGGAUCCCUUUGGAGAGAGGCGAGGUCAUUUUGAUUACCAGACCUUACUGAGUCGGCUGCAGGUCAUUAGACAACGAUUGAAAAAGAAAAAUGAAGAGGAAGCAAUAGAGCCAGAUUCUGACAGCAGCUCCUCAGGAAAUGAGCAAGACAGUCAAGGCACCUCCCAUCCCUAGAAUACAAACUCUGGGACAGGCCAUGUCUGUGCUGGUGAGGAUCCAAAGGAAGUUGGGCUGAAGCUCUGGUCCAGGGGAGAGACCUUUCCAGUGGUUUUGUAAAUAGACCAAAGAUCUGGGAUCUUUGUGGGCAGCCUGUUUUACUCGGCUUUCGCUUUGUAAUGAUAGAAAGGAGAGAGAAGGGGAGAAUUGGCUUGGGUAAGAAUCAUAUGAUUAUAAUUUUUUAAAGAUUUUAGCUCUCCAAUCCAUACUCCUAAUGGCAGGGUCCUGCUUUCAUUGUUAAGUGCUGCUCUCUAAGGCCCAGAUUACCCAACAAGGUUACCCUUGUGCCUCAUCCUUAUCAAUAUAACCACCUGUAUGAGACAGUGUGGACGUUUUGUGUUUUUAUAUAGUGACAUUCACAUGCAAACAAGUCUGUGGUGAUUUCCUUUGGGGUGUUAUCGUUCCAAGUAUUCAUGGCUUCAAGAUUUGCAUCUUCUGUCAUUUUGCAGUCGCACCAAGUAGAGAGGUAUCCUUAGGCUGCUGUGUUCAUUCCCAAUCUACAGAAUUAUUUCACUCCAUUUAAAGAAAAUCUUCCUUGAGUAUGUCUGCAAAUUAAUCCAUAGUGUCUGUUUAAAAGGCUAACACAGUUCAACACUCAUUCAGUAAAUACGGAACGAGUAAGGCAGUAAAAUACAAAACCAGUUACUGAAGUGCCACUUUUUACAGGCAUCUAUAUUAAUGACAUUUGAUUGUCCAUUAAAAGAAUAUUUAAACAUUUGCAGUACUCUUAUUCAUAUUUCAUUGAUAUCGACUAUUUCCAUAAAGCUCCACAAGGUGACUAAUGGUAUAAUUCCUGUUGUUUCUGGUCCCUGUCCUAACAAAUUACUAAAAAAAAAUUCAAGUCAUUUUAUCAAACUAUCCAAAGGUGUGUAUUUUUGUUUUAAAAGGGAAGCUAUCUAUUAUGGUCAACCACCCACUUGUGAAAGAUUUAGUCUGACAUUCAUGGUUAGUGGACAGCUUUCUUCCUGACUCCUUGACGUAUCAAGAUUGGCAGCUGUAAAUAUUCUCACAGUCUGACUUUGAAUCUUGCAUGUCUGUAGUAUUGUUGGUCAACUCUACUGGGUGCCUGCAAAUGGUCUUGUGGAGUAACUUGUUCAGCAAUCAGUUACCCAUAUCAAGUAGAAAGCUUGUUUGAAGUGUGGGCUGACAAAUUAAAUGGAGUCCAGUAAAAGCCUAACUAUGUAACAGGGGUUAACUGUUAUAACAAUCUGCUCGAGAAGUACCAUUACCUGAUUUGUCUCUUUCGUUGUGUGAUUAUAAGGCAGGUGAUCUGUCAGGUUUCUCUGGAUCAUUUUGGAGAUGAUGUGUGAUCAUAGGAAAUGAAUUUCUUGUGCAUUAAUGCACUGUUAUGCUUGCUUAAAACUGGAGAUAAAUAUAAACCUCACUUCAGAGUUUGCCCUAUAUUCUUCACCAGUGAAGACCCUCCUCCACACCUUGGAGUCUUUGACUUCCAAGCAUGACCCUCUCAUUCACUCAGAUGUAGGUCCAAAUCCAGUCCAGGAUAAUAGACUGUGGAGCUGCCCUUAUUGAUGUCCAUCUGGUUCAAAUUUGUUGUUGUCUUGCUUGAUUGCUAUUUUCCAUUCAGGAUUUGCUGGUCAGGUGAAUGGAAUAACUUGGUGCCUGCCAUCACAGAGAGAACUUGUAAAAUAUCAACCCUGAUUAGUCAAUCACUGUAAAAGUUCUGGAUUUGUUUAUCCUGGUUUGUAUGCAGUGGCAUCUUUAACCAGUAAUGAGAGAGGAACGUUUUCCAAGUUUGUUUCUUUAUUGUUCCAUCUCACUCAGAGAAUAUCCUUGGUAGUAGAAGUUGAUUUAUAAAGUGGACUGUAUGCUUUUUGAAUUUUCUUGUCUCUCUCAGGAUCUCAUUUCUGGUGUCCAAAAGAUGAGGCUAAACACUGUUCCACAAUGAGCCUCGCUCAAUUAUAAUGAAUUUGCCAUGAAUCCUUUGUUACACUAAUCUAUAAGGCUUGACCAACCAUGAGUAUUUUAUGUUCAAAAGCAUACUGUAGAGACCUGUAAAUGUGUAAUAUGGAAAUCUUGAUGUUGAAGACAAAAAAAUCCUGUUUAUUUUUCCUAAAGUUUGUGGCAGGGUCUUGAAACUUGGCAUUUCACAUUGCAAUCAGUAUUUCCUUUUUCUCUAAAUAAUGUCUCCAAUUGACUGUUCAGUGAGCUAGCUCCCUGCCACUGGAACUGAGCUAUACAGACCAGAAAAUACAAAAUGCUAGAAAUACUCAGCAGGUUAGGCAACAUUUGUGGAGAAAGAAAGUGGGUUAAUAGUUCAAUUCUUGCACAGCAGUGCUCUUCCCUACAGAUCAGAGGUGGCCUGGCUCCAAUUCAUAGUGUACAUUGGGUUAGCUGAUUCCAGAGUGUCUCCUUUGGCUUG